UGGUUGAUGCGCGUGUUUGAUUCAUUCAUUCAUUCAUUAAUUUUAGGAUAGGCUAUUUCAUCAAUAAAAUCCUCAGACGUCAGCAGGUUUGAUCAAAAGGGUAUCCUUACCCAGUACGAGCAUCAUAAUGAUGGCAGAUUUAUGAAACACCAAUAAAGGUUCUGGACCGUUGUUCAAACGUAAUAAGACAGAAUGCAGACGUUCUACGAUUAACUGCAGCAUGCUUAAAAGACGAAAAUGAAUUUUCUUCGUUUUGCAAAUGUAAAUGCGCAGCUGCGCUAAAGGGAAAUCAUCCUAUUGGCCAAACAAAAGCUACGUGUACCUUCAGUGCAACAGGUAGCCUAACUGGACUUGUGUCAGUUUUUAGCAAUCUCUCUCUGGAGCGCGACUUAAUUAUACUCACCUCUGGAUACAGUCAUCUACUUUAUAAGGACUCAUAAUUACAAUUUCGGAAAACAUUUGUUUCCUCAAAGCCUCAACUAUCUGGACCAAUCUUUUUCAUAUUCCAGGGCCAAAGAGGCCGUGACGGCGGUUGGAGGAUGAAGUCGAAAGGGAAGGGGGCCAAGCAUACUCGGCAGCCCUGGACUGAACCAGAGGCAGACUUCCAGCUGGAGACAGAGCCGGGGUCCAGCGAGCAGGAGGGCUCCGAGGUUUCCGUGCAGCUCGGAGGGAGGUGGCGGGGAUCGAGGGCGGAGCGCGGAGCUAAGACGGCGUCCAGGCGCAGACGGCUGCACAGCAGCACCAAGGAGCACAACGUGCGCCGGCUGGAGAGCAACGAGCGGGAGCGACAGAGGAUGCACAAACUCAAUAACGCCUUCCAGGCCCUGCGUGAGGCCAUCCCUCACGUCAAGACUGACAAGAAGCUCUCCAAGAUCGAGACCCUCACCCUCGCCAAGAACUACAUCAAAGCCCUGACCACCAUCAUCCUGGGCAUGUCAGGCAGUUGCCUGCCCCAUUCAGAGAGCCAAGCUCAGGCUAGCGCCUCCAGGCUGCUGCAGUGCUACCAGCAGCACCUAGAGGAGGAAGGUGAGGAGAGCUUGUCCAAGUACCUGACUCAGAUCCACAACUUCAGCCAGGGCAGUUAGCCUGAGGGAACCUUCACACUGCCACACGAGUGCACAUCAGCGUGGAAGAGAAGCACAGCAGCUUCAUGUCAGAACAGACUGAAUACAACACAUCACGACUUGUCUGCAACUGGACUGUACAUUCGAACCCCCAGCUGGACCUCAGGUGAAUUUUCUGGGGCGUUUGGGUAUUUCAGCAGCAGUGUUGAAGGAACUUCUGGGACAAACAGACUGAAAUCAACAGCCAAAAUCAACUACAGGAGUUCUUUUUUUUUUUUUUGCUUGGUUCCUGCCAUAAAAUUAUUAUUUGCAGGAUUAUUUCACCAAGGCAAGGCUGAUUGAGAGGCUGAUGAAGAGAUAGUAUGCUUGAACAAACCCAUCCCUUGUUCAUACUAAAUUUUAAUUCAAAUUUUGUGAUAGGAGGUACAUUUCUUUUAAAUUGCUUGUAUAAAGAAAGAAUUAUUCUUAUUGCCAAUAUAUUUAUAUUAUUCUGAACACACUCUGGCUGGGAUUCAAUCAACAUUUGUCCUUAACUUCGCCUAAUGAUUAAAAGUGAGGAUUUAUUCUUAUUCAUUUAUUCAGUAUUUAUUUUUUAUUCACAAACAGUUUGGUGAGUUCAGUGAUCACUGUAAAAAAAAAAAAAAAAAAAAAAAAAGGCGUAACGCCUGUGUUUACUUGUAAGUCAACAUUAAGGACAAAUGUUGACAGAAUAAAGGCCUGUAUUCUUAAUCCCCUGGUUUAUGUGAAAGGCUCCAAGGCAGUUGUUGACUUGAGAAGGUGAUUUUUGAAAAUGAGUGCUGUACAUAUCUGCAACAGUAUUGUUCACCUGGAACAAAAGUUUUAAUUUGAGGCCCAGAGACCAAAUAUGUUUCUCUAUACUGUGUCCCACUCUGAAAAUAGUAUGAUACUUUUUCUAAUUUCCAUUUGAAAUCCCAUGGGUACCCAAUUAACAGGCCUCAAAAAAUAUUAUUCAACCUGAAGUUCUUGAAAGCUUUUUUUUCGUACCAAAAGAAAAAAUAAAUCCAAGAAACAGAUUUUUGGUGCAGUCAUUGCUUUUUUUGUGACCGAUGAGUAACUAAUGAUUUGAAAUGCAACAAUAAAAUAGCAGAGUUGCACAUCCCUAAUUAGAACAUUCAGACAUGCCAUUAA